AUGGAUCCAAGCAUCCCAUCACGCCUGCUCAACGCGCUCUCAUCGCACACCGGCCCUGUCAACGCCAUCACCUUCUCCUCCCUUGGAGGCACCUACGUCCUCACUGGGUCCUCCGACCGCCAGAUCCACCUCUCGCGCACCGAGCCUGCACACUCCAAGAAACCUUCCGGACCGAUCCAGAAGUACGCGGCGCACGGCUAUCCGGUGCUGGACAUCGCCGUGACGCGUGACAAUCAGCAAUUCGCCAGCGUCGGAGGCGACCGUAGCGUCUUUCUGUGGGACGUGCAAAAUGCCGAGGGCACCUCGAGGAGAUUCGGAAGUAAUACAGACAAAGGACACACGAGCCGGGUCACUUGCGUCGCAUUCGCCGGCGUUGACGACACUGUGUUGGUGAGCGGAAGCGAUGACCGCACCGUCAAGCUGUGGGACUGCAAGAGCAAGGACGCGAAGCCCAUAAUGGUGCUCGACGAAGCCAAGGACAAUGUCUCGAGCUUGGCUGUGCCGGACAAUGGCUACGAGGUGCUGUCCGGUAGCGUCGAUGGAAGGGUGCGCAGCUACGAUAUUCGCAUGGGCCGAGUGACGCAGGAUGUUAUGGCUGCCGCCGUCACCAGCUUGCUAGUCUCCCGAGACGCAAAGACUAUGCUGGUGGGCAGUCUGGACGGCAAGAUCCGCCUCAUCGAUCGAGCAGAUGGCUCCUGCUUGAGCUCGUUUCCCGAACAGGGCCACGAUGCAGGGUACAAGAAUGACAGUCUACGCCUAAAGAGCUGCUUUGCUUUGAACGAGUCAAUCGUGCUCAGUGGCAGCGAGUCCGACGGGAAAGUAAGAGCGUGGGACGUUGUCUCAGGCAGAAGCGUGGGCUCCGUCGAUCAGAACACCGCCGGCAAAGUGGUUAGUGCCGUCAGCUGGCGAGAGGCCAGUCGCGCAGAAGGUCGGCAGGGUGUAUUCGCCGCUGGCGGUGCGGCAGGAACAGUCAGCAUCUACGGAACAUGA